AAUGCAGUUUCUGGACGCAUGAAGGUUUGCUUACUUUCCAGACUGAAAGUAUUGAAAAUGGGUAUUGCUUAUGUAUUGAGAAAGGAGGAUUAAAUACCAAAGUCCUUUUCCUCUUUGUGAGAGAGAGAGAGAAAGAGAGAGAGAGAGAGAGAGAGAAAGAGAGAGAACGAAUUCACCAUAUGGGUUAGUGUUAUUUACUUAAAGAAGUCCAUUUCAUUGAGGAUAUUUGUCCUUUGAAAAGUAGUUUAUAAGUUUAGAAGAUUGUUUCAAUCCUGGGUCUGGACUAGUCUCCAUUAUCACAAUUCACUCAAAGAAAAGCAUGCAAGGAGUUCUCUGUUGAUUUGAAAAAUGAAAAUCUUUCAGAAGCUAGAUUUUCUCACUGUUGCUGCCACUUUUGUUGCUCUUGCUCUUCUACCAUCUGUGAGCUCAUCUAGCCAUGAGGAGAAACCAGUGAAGAAUCACAAGAGAGAGGCUCAGAACAUCCAAAAGUUAAGCAGUGAACUUUCCUUCGAAAUUAUAGUCCAUGGCUUCCUCCUUUGGGCUUCAAUGGGAUUCAUAAUGCCUGUUGGUAUACUUAUCAUCAGAAUGUCCAAUAGUUUGGAAUGUGGGAGAAGGCUUAAGGUUAUCUUCUAUUUCCAUGCAAUUUUGCAGAUACUAUCAGUACUCCUUGCCACAGCAGGAGCAGUCUUGUCCAUCAAAAAUUUUGAGAACUCCUUUAGUAACAACCAUCAAAGGAUUGGCUUAGCUCUUUAUGGCGUGAUUUGGGUACAAGUCUUAAUUGGCCUUUUCAGGCCUCAAAGAGGGACUAAAGGAAGAAGUAAGUGGUAUAUAGCUCACUGGGCACUUGGAACUGGAGUUACUACUUUGGGGAUCAUCAACAUAUAUACUGGGUUACAAGCUUACCAGAAGAAGACAUUGAGAAGUACAAGGCUUUGGACUUCACUCUUCACUGCUGAGAUAUCCUUCAUUGGAUUCCUUUAUCUGUUUCAAGACAAAUGGAAUUAUAUGCAUAAGCAAAAAGUGAUUUUAGGUAAUUACCCCACCAUGCCCACUGAUGGACUGAUUACUCUAACAGCCAACCAAAAGGAAGUGAAUGUCCCUUGAUCUAAAAACAAUCUCAAGGGCUCUUUCCAACUAACAUGGGAUUGUUUUUUCCUUUCCUGGGUUUUCUUUCUCAGCUAUAAGAUUGGUUUUCUUAAAAUUGAUGAUACAGACUGAAGCAUUCUUCAUUGGGGUGAUGGGUGAUAUAGUUUGUGACAUUGGAUUGCAUCAAAGCUUCUAAUAAUAUUGUUUGUUAACCCCUGUAUUGUAUACAAAUUACAAAAGGAAGUGUCAAUGCU